AUGAAUGAAGGGGAGGGCAAUGACCAGCCAUCUCAGGGUGGUGAAGCUCCUGCUACGAAAACUCGAAGAUCCAGGAUCCGAAUUCAGGGUAUUAUACCUUGUCCUGUAAACCAGCUGCUUACCUCCACCCUGGUUGACAGUGUUUUCAAGAUAAGGGGAAUUGAAGUUUCCCAGGUCUCUAUUGUGGGGAUAAUCAGAGGCCAGAGAGCUUCAAACUACAUUCUUUACAGAAUUGAUGAUAUGAACACCAAGCCUAUUGAGGUCCGCCAGUGGCUCGGAAGAAAUAAAGCAAAACAGGGCAUGUCGCUUUCUAGUGGAAGUUAUGUCAAAGUGAUUGGUAUCCUCAGAUGUUUUAAAGAAGUAAAGGGCCUUGAGGUAUUGAAUAUCCGAGUCCUGGAGGACAUGAAUGAGUUCACCACACAUAUUCUGGAAACAGUCAAUGCACAUAUGAUGCUGGAUAAAGCCCACAAAGUGGCCUCUGGACCCAGUGCGCCAUCAAAAAUAAAUGAGGUCCAGAAGUAUGGCGAGUACUACCACCUUGACUUCAUCCACAAGGAUGUUCUGCGUUUGAUCCAUGAAUGUCCUCAAGGGGAAAGCAAAAGUGUACAUGAGCUCCAGACCCAGCUUUAUAGCCUGAGCGGCAGGGCCAUCAAGCAGUCUCUUGAGUAUCUAAUUGAGGGCUACAUCUACCCCACUGUGGAUGAAGAGCAUUUUAAAUCUGCUCAUUAAAGUGAUGAAAAGAUUUUUCAUUUUCCAAAGAUCCUCGUCUCCUUCUGUGAAUUUUAAACUGUUGACUUUUAGGAAGUAGAUUUUUUUCAACAAAAUAUAUCAACUGGCAUACUUUUAGAACCUUACUGCUUUUCCAAAUGCUUUGAACUUUUCUGUUUUUCUAACUGUUGGAAGCUCAGGUGGAGAUGGCGAUGGAUAAAUUGACUAGACUUUUUGUAGGAUUUACAAGCAAGCAAGUGAAAAUAGCCCUGGAUGAAUGAAUUUGGGAGAGGAAAUGACGGAAAAUACCUGAAAAUUAUUAUUUGUUAUGUGGGAGUUUCUGUUUCUGACAUAUCCAUAUAUUAGGAGAAUACAGAUGGAGUCAGGGAACCAGUUAAGAGAUGAAAAAAAAUUCUAUUGUUUUUACACUAGGUUUAUUUUUUGUGUUUGGAUUUAACUUAUAGUCCUGUUAUCUCUUGCUAAAUAUAGUAAUAGAUUAGUUUGAAAGUGC